AUGCCAGGACAGGGUGUGGUAAUCCAGCUGCUGGACUGGAUUUUCCGAGGGGUGGCCCAGGUCAUGUUUGUCAACAACCCACUCAGCGGGCUCCUCAUCACGGCCGGCCUCUUCCUGCAGAACCCCUGGUGGGCUCUGAAUGGUCUUCUGGGCACCUUCGUCUCUACUGUGUCUGCCAUCUUGCUGGGACAGAACAGGGAGGCCAUAUCAGCGGGUUUGUAUGGCUACAAUGGAGCCUUGGUCGGCAUACUGAUGGCUGUUUUCUCUGCCAAAGGGAGCUGGUACUGGUGGCUUUUACUGCCAAACAUGUUCAUGUCCACGAUGUGCCCAGUGGUCUCCAGUGCCUUGUCCUCAAUUGCCAGCAAAUGGGACCUUCCAAUAUUCACCCUGCCCUUUAAUAUUUUGGUGUGUCUACACAUUGCAGCUACGGGAACCAAUCACCCCUACUUUCCAGAGGUAAAGUAGAGCCCUGCUACAUGCACACACACAAGAAUGUACAUACAAACAGCUGAGGAAGAAAAUGAAUUCCGUUUGCAGCUAUUCCUGUCGGUGCCAGUUGGUGUUGGCCAGGUGUACGGCUGCGACAGUCCUUGGACAGGAGGUCUCAUCCUUCUAGCCCUGCUGCUCUCCUCACCAACUAUCUGUUGUCAUGCCAUGUUGGGCUCUGCUGCUGGCAUGUUGUCUGGACUUGCUCUGGCAGCUCCUCACAGGGACAUUUACUCAGGGCUGUGGGGAUAUAACAGUGCUCUAUCCUGCAUUGCUGUUGGAGGGGUCUUCUAUGUUAUUACAUGGCAAACCCAUUUACUGGCCCUACUAUGUGCACUUUUCUGUGCAUACAUGACUUCAGCAAUCUCAAAACUGAUGUCUGUGCUUGCAUUACCACCCUGCACGUGGCCUUUCUGCCUGUCGACUCUCAUCUUCCUCCUCAUUUCCUCUGAGAUCCCAGCCAUCUGCAGACUGCCUCUGUCUGUGGUCUCCUACCCUGAGGAAAAUUGGCUCUACCAGACACAAUUAAAGGUUUCGGAGGAAGCUCAGCACAGUCAGCACAGCAGCGGCCAAGAAGAGGCCCUGCUGAAGGAGAAUGGAGGGCCAAAUGUCCAGUUGGUAGAGGAGAAGGGCUGCAGUGAAUCUGUAUGA